GAAUCACGACCGCACGCCCUGUGAAUAAGGACAAUAAAGGCGGGAAGGAAGGGCCCCCGGAUGCAGGCCCGUGCCCGCUGCCCAAGCCAAAAGAUGCUGAGCCUCUCGGGAAUCUGACGGCGAUUCUCGCCGCGCGACUGAACGGAUCCAAUGUGGUUGGGGCGACGGGCGACGUCAACGCCACUGGCCGAAUCUGCCUCGCCGUCUUCAAGCUAGACGGCGACUACAACGUUUUCUACAGUGUCGUCACCUCCACCGCCGACGACGGCGAGCCGUUCGGCGCGACGAUCUCGAUCGGCGCGGCGGGAGAGGGGGGCGACGCCGCCGCCCUUUUAGUACAAGCAGGAGAAACCACCACGUGGGCGAAUCUUACCCGUCCACCGCCUCCGCCGCCCAAGGGCAAAAAGAACAAGGGAACACCACCCCCUCCGCCUCCUCCGAAGUACACUUAUGCGUCACACGGGACGUGGCUUACAGCGAGUACAAUGGCCACGAUCGGCGGGCAGACUCUAAAGGCGCUGGUGGAUGCGAUGCUCGCGAAUCCGGAUGGUUACUACGCGUCGUUCGCGACGACUGGUUAUGACUCGGGUGCGGCGCGGGGGCAGUUUCAGUCGGACCUGCUUCCGCCGCCGCCUAAGGACAAGCAGGGCGGCAAGGACGGAGGAAAGAAAGGAGGGAUGGAUGGCGGGAAGAACGGCGGGGGGAAGAAUGGAGGCGAUCAGUUCGGCACUCUUGUCGGCGUGAUCGCAGCGCGUGUCAACGGCUCUAAUGUUGACCUCCAAGGUGACGUCAACGCCACGGGCUGCGUUGACCUCGUCAUCUUUCUCUUUGCCCCUCUUUACCCGCCUGUCCCAUGGCCAAACACCCGCCCCUCCCUGCCCCUUCUCCCCCCUCCCUUCCCCUUAUCGCCCUUCCUUUCCCCUCCUUACCCCUCCUUGUCCCUACUUGCCACCUCCCUCAGCAACGCCACAACUUACGACUACGACAUUCGUUACCACGUACGCGUCAGUCUGAAUGACUCUGGCGAGCCCAUUGGUGUCGUCAUCAAGAAGGGCGCUGACGUGGCACUCACUGUGCUCACCAGCGACGCCACGUGGACCAAUCGCACGCUCUCAAACGCCGAGCGCGCCAAGCUGGGCGGCAAACUGACUCCCAAGAGCAGGAAGGGCAAGCAGCCGCCUCCCCCUCCCCCUCCCCUCGGCUAUAACUACGAAACCUCCGGCACUUGGCUAAACGCCAGUACUUUGACGGCGGAUAACGGGCAGACGUAUAAGGAGUUGGCGGAUGCCAUGAUGGCUGCACCUGACAACUAUUCUGCUCUCAUCUACACCAAAACAUUUGAGAAUGGUGUGGCGAGUGGCGGGCAUGAGCAGCAGCAGCUGCUAUUUCACGCGCCCUGGGGCAUGAGCAGCAACGGCUGA